CACACAGAAGUUAGAGAGAGUGCGAAAAUGGCAGGAAUCAUUGGCAAGAUUGGAGAUGCCCUCCACAUUGGAGGAGAUAAGAAAGACGGCGAGCACACGGACAAGAAAGGCGAGCAGCACACGGACAAGAAGGACGAGCACCACAAGGACAAGAAAGACGACCACCACAAGGAGAAGGAAGGCGACCACCACAAGAAAGACAAGGGCGAGCACAAAGACAAAGGCGAUAAGAAAAAGAAGAAGAAGGAUAAGAAGAAGGAUGGCCAUGGGAGCGGCAGCGGCAGCAGCAGCGACAGCGAUUGAUCAGCCCUUGCUACUUCGCAUGUGCAUGCAUCUGCCCAAUAAUCAGUUUGAUUUGCCGUGUAGGUGUUUCAUGUUUGGGGCGUCAAGAGAGCAUGCUCAAGUCCUGUUUCCUUUUCGUUACGGCCAAUAUUUACAUUCAAGAAGAAAAGGCUUCUUUCACAGCCCAACCAAAAACCCAAAAAAACGUGUUUAUUUGCUUGUUACUAGCAAGUUGUAAAAUGUUUCUGUGAAACCUUGGAAAGCCUUUGUGAUAUGAAAUAAUAAUGUGGAUGAAUGCUCAGUA